CACUGUUUUACAGGUUUUGUGUUCUGUUAUGAUGGCCCAAUGGAAUCAAACCACAGUUUCAGAAUUCAUUCUUGUGGGAUUCACAAACAACCCAGUGCUCCGCAUUUCCCUCUUUGCAGUGUUUCUGACCAUCUACGCGAUCACUCUUCUGGGGAAUCUCGGGAUGAUAGCACUGAUUCACCUUGACCGCCACCUUCAAACACCCAUGUACUUCUUCCUCAGCAACCUGUCCUUCUCAGAUCUCUGUUACUCCACUGUCAUCGUCCCCAAAACGCUGGCAGAUUUCUUGGCUGAGAAGAAAGCCAUUUCGUUCACUGGCUGUGCUGCCCAGUUUUAUUUCUAUGCUGUCUUUGCCACUGUAGAGUGUCUCUUGCUAGCAGCCAUGGCCUAUGACCGUUAUGUAGCAAUCUGCAACCCGUUGCUUUACCCAGUUGUCAUGUCUAGGAAGAUCUGCAUUUGGCUUGUACUGGCUUCAUACCUGGCGGGGUGUGCCAAUGGCAUGAUACACACAAACACCACCUUCCGCCUUCCUUUCUGCGGCUCUAAUGUCAUUAACCACUUCUUUUGUGAUGUACCCUUAAUACUGAAGCUUGCUUGCUCCAACACAAUGCUCAACCACAUCCUGCUAUUUGUGAUCUCUUCCCUGAUAGGUCUCUGUUCAUUCCUCACCAUCCUCAUCUCUUACAUCUACAUCCUCAUCACCAUCCGUCGGAUCAGCUCAUCUGAGGGACGCAAGAAAACCUUAUCUACCUGUGGCUCCCAUAUGAUGGCUGUCACCUUGUUCUAUACCACCAUCCUUUUCAUCUAUCUGAAGCCUACCUCAAGUGACGCUGAUGCCCAAGACCAAGUUGCUGCUGUCUUUUAUACAGUGGUGAUCCCCAUGGUGAACCCUUUGAUCUACAGCCUGAGGAAUAAGGAAGUGAAGGCGGCUCUGAAAAGGAUCGUGAGGAAGAAAGGUAUUUCCGCUGAGGCAUAA